UUGACAACGGAGCCCCGCUUCAAGGUUUCAAUCACGGGCUCAAAAUGCUCCGCUUGGACCAUACGGGUCCAAUGCAUCAAGGCUUCGCGACGCUCGCUAGGGGACAAACGGAAUCAGAGAUUUGGUUGGACGGGUCUCUCGAAUUGCGAACAAAUCGACGCAACCAAGCAGUCACUCCUAAGAGCUUAUCGAGAGGGCUGUACCGUUCUAGCAGGGAGAAAUCCCGAGUGGGCUUAUCCUUGCCCACUCUUACUCGGGCUCGUAGGCCAGACAAUUCAAUCGGUUCGGAGUAUUUAUUCUGGCGCCAGAAGGACUGAGACUCAGUCAACCAACUGGGACCCCACCACAGCGGGUGGUCAACCAAAGAGGAGGCUUAACAGCCGCGAGAUGCGCAGUCUGCUGAAUUCAACUCCCCUGACACAUGUCUCCAGCUUAGAGACGUGCCAGAAUUCUGGAUUUUACGCGGUUCACCACAAAGAGCUCAAGAUUGUGAGGUGCAGCUCUGAGCCAACAAAGUACUAUCUCACUGUCCAACCAAGCGUAGACGUCCGUAAUGUCGAUUAUAGACUUACAAAACGAGUGAACGUGGUUGAGGAGUCGCGUGAGAAGAGCGGCUCAGGACAGUUCCAAUUUAAAGAUAGUUAA